GCCCUCUCUGUUCCCGCUGUCCCAACUGCAGUGAUGGAAAACUCAUCGGUGGCAUCCGCCUCCUCAGAGGCGGGGAGCAGCUGCUCGCAGGAGAUCGAGGAGCUGGAGCGCUUCAUCGACAGCUAUGUACUGGAGUACCAGGUGCAGGGGCUGCUGACCAACAAGAUGGAGGGGGACGGGGAGAGCGAGAAGACGCAGUCCAACAACUUGCAGUGGACAGCGGACUGUAGUGAGCAGCUUGAUGGCAGCUGUUCCCCAUCCAGAGCGAAGGGCUCAUUGUCUCUUGAACACAGUCAG